AUGGGGAGAAUACCCAAGCUCUAUCUUGCUCUACUACUUUUGAGUGUUAUAGUGAACAGAUCUCUACAAAAGUUCACAAUAAGCACAACAUUUAGUAAACUUAAGGAUUUCCAUGAUAGAUGUGCUCCCUUCGCAUAUGGAUCUCAAAUUUAUAUUCUCAAAAAAAUGAAGUUUGUUGUAGAGCAAGCUAGUAAAGGUGGACGCCUUGGAAAACUAACGGGUUUGAGGAGCCAGCCCACAGUUGUUCAUGAUACUCCUCUUUCUAUGAUAUCUUCACUGGGUGGCAGUGCUCCACAUCUCACUCAGAUAAGGAAGUACCAGUGUGUUUUCCCGGCGCAGCAUUUUUGCGAUCUUACAAAAACACUCCAGAAAUUCAAAAAAGGAGUUGCACAAUUUUCAGCACUCAAGAGUCAUAGUGUAUGUGUGACUGUCCAGGAUGCAACAAAAAUGACACCAAGUGGUUAUAACGAGAAAAAAGGCAUUUCUGUAUGGACAUAUGGAGGUAGACAAGUUAUUGCAGCUGAAAGAUACAUGGAAUUAGUGGAAGCUAUGCAACCUGAUUGGUAUGAAGCUCUAAAUGAUGCAGAUACUGAUGUAAAUUCCUCAAAGAAGAGAAUAUCUAAGUCAGUCAUGAACUCUACACUUAUGCUGGAUCAGUGCAUAGACAUCAGUAAAAAGAAGCAGGGGCUGCAUGAGGCUGCGUUAUUUGCACCUUUAUUAGGUGGCUACAAUGAGGAUGAACGUAAAAGAUUUUCCAAAGCAAUAAUGGAGAAAAUAAAAAAUGAAUCCGUAUCAGGAUUCUCCCUCUUGGGUUUGCACACUAAUGGUGCUACAGCAGAGAAGCUUGAUGCAAAACUUAUCUCUAAUCUUGUUAAAGUGUCUUUGGACCCCUUACCUCAAGGGCUCCCUCGGCAAGCAUCAGGUGCAUGGAAUCCACUUACUGUCAUCACCUUAGUGCAACAAGGUGUGGAUAUCUUCGAUUCAUCUUUCCCGUAUUUAGUCACUGAAAGAAAAGGAGCUCUCAUCUUCCCCAUAAGCCUUACCAAGGAAAAUUUAGAACAUCAGAAUAAAAAGUUGAAAUCAGACAAUAAUUCUGAAAUCAGUAAUGAAGAUAAGCAAUUGAACAAGGGCGAUGAAGAGACCAAAGAAAAUAUCCCAGAAGAUGAAUUAUCAAGUGCAUAUGAAAUGUGCUUAAAGGAUAAAAGCAACUUGUACUCAACAAAGCCAUUGCUGGAUGGAUGUCAGUGUUAUACUUGUCAGAACUUCACUCAAGCCUAUAUUCACCACCUCAUAAAUGUUAAUGAACUCCUGGGACCAGUUUUAUUGAUGGUACAUAACUUACACCAUUGGAUGGCCUUCUUCAAAAGCAUUCGGUCAGCAGUGAAGAAUGACUCUUUAGAAAAUCUCAAAUCUUUAAUACAGAGUCAUGUGUCAGCAACUGGGAAGUUAUAGCCUUUGUUACUGGAUUUUUUUUUAUUUUUAUUUUUUUAUUAUUCUGAAGACAUGAUAAAACCAGUUGCAUCUGAAAAUGUAGUAAUCUAUUUCAUUAUUUAUAUUACAAUAUUUUGUUUUGAUUACAGAAAUGUUAGCUAAGUCUGGUUAUAUACCUGUGUACAUCUAUGUAUAUAGGUAUUUACAGAAUAUUGUUAUAUUUACAAAAUGUAAUCUUAAGAUUUAUUUGAUAUUUAACUUAAAAGAUUCUUUGAAGAAAGAAAAAAAUUAUGCAUUUUCAUGGAAGAUUUUGGUAUAUGGUAUAAAAAUUACUUAAAAUAUUAUUCUUAUAUCAUUGUCAAAGAUUUAUAAAAAAAAAAAAAAAAAUUGAAUUUAAGAUGGAAGUCUCUAUUUAUAUCACACUUGACUAAUGAUAGAUUAAUUUUUUGAGAAAAUAAAGCUGCAGUUGGUUAUUUAUUUUUCUAUGGUACAAUUUUAUUCACCAGCAGUGAUACUAAAGACAAGGGAGAUAUACAAUUUUAACUCACUUUAAAAUGGGAAUGAUUAGAAUAUGUAGAAUUUUAAUGUUGUAUAUUGUAGAUGGCAAUAGGUUGAAAAUUCUGGUACAAUUUUGUAUUAAGAAAACAAUUUUUUCAAAAUUUAAAAUAAAUUAUUAUGUAUAC